UUGCUAGCACUCUGAGAGGAUACAAAGAAGGAGACGGAACGGAAAUUACGACAGCUCCUUUUCCCGAGGAAGCUAGAUAAACAAACAAAAGCAAGACAUUAUAAUACAUAUAUUUAAGCAUCUCGUGCGAUUUUGACCACUUUUUACGUAUAGAUAUGCUAACCACAAAUAAACCGAGCCACAGAAUAAGCUAGAGAGGGGCUAGCAUCCCGGGACGUUUUAAUGAUUUCUAGGAUCCUGCUAGCUGAACGAACUGGCAGGCUACGCAGCUAAGGUGUUAGCUCGACAUGUUUAUUUUAGCGUUUGGGCGAAGGAGCGCGACAUGAUGGCAUAAAACUUGCAGUGUUAUUAGCAAAUAGUCACACUUCCCACCUAAAGGCUUUAAGACACCGAUAACAUCUGCCUCGAGUUUCAACCGGAACUGCACUCCGUUAAAAUCUCCACACCGUCACCAUGGCGUGGGCUCUCAAACUGCCUCUCACGGAUGAAGUGAUUGAGUCCGGACUGGUCCAGGACUUUGAUGCCAGUCUGUCCGGCAUUGGCCAGGAACUCGGUGCGGGGGCGUACAGUAUGAGCGAUGUACUUGCCCUUCCCAUUUUCAAACAGGAGGAGUCCAACCUCCCACCUGACAGUGACAACAAGAUCCUACCCUUUCAGUAUGUUCUGUGUGCACCUACCUCGCCAGCCGUUAAACUGCAUGAUGAAACACUCACCUACCUCAACCAAGGGCAAUCCUAUGAAAUUAGAAUGCUUGACAAUCGGAAAAUUGGGGAACUUCCAGAAAUCACUGGCAAAAUGGUGAAGAGCAUAAUUCGUGUGGUGUUUCAUGACCGACGACUUCAAUACACAGAGCACCAGCAGCUGGAAGGCUGGCGCUGGAACAGGCCAGGGGAUCGCAUUCUCGACCUGGAUAUCCCGAUGUCAGUGGGGAUAAUUGACCCCAGGGCUAACCCCACUCAGCUUAACACGGUGGAGUUCCUUUGGGACCCAUCAAAAAGAACCUCAGUUUUUAUCCAGGUUCACUGCAUUAGCACAGAAUUCACCAUGCGGAAGCAUGGCGGAGAAAAGGGCGUGCCUUUCCGCAUCCAGAUUGACACGUUUAAGGAGAAUGAGAAUGGAGAGUACACAGAACAUCUUCACUCUGCCUCCUGCCAGGUCAAAGUCUUCAAGCCUAAAGGUGCAGACAGAAAGCAGAAGACGGACAGGGAGAAGAUGGAGAAGAGGGCGCCACAGGAAAAGGAAAAGUACCAGCCUUCCUAUGAAACCACAAUCCUGACAGAGUGCUCUCCCUGGCCUGAGGUCACAUAUGUCAACAACUCCCCAUCUCCUGGCUUCAAUAGCACCCACAACAGCUUUCCAGUGGCUGAAGGAAACGGGUCACCAAACCACCAGCCUGAGCCUGUUGUUCAGGUGGCAGAUAAUUUGUUACCAACAGCAACACCACAGGAUGCACAACAGUGGCUUCAUAGAAACCGCUUCUCCCCUUUCUGUCGACUCUUCACUAACUUCUCAGGGGCAGACCUGUUGAAGCUGACCAGGGAGGAUGUUAUUCAGAUCUGUGGACCAGCUGAUGGUAUAAGACUUUUCAAUGCACUUAAAGGACGGGUGGUACGUCCAAGACUCACCAUCUAUGUUUGCCAGGAGUCUCAGCAGGCACGGGAACAGCAUCCGAAACACGAAAAUGGAGAUGCUGCUGCCAGCACUUUCUUUGGUCAGUUAUAUCACGCCAUUUACCUGGAGGAACUCACGGUUACAGAACUGACAGAGAAAAUUGCUCAUCUGUUCAGCAUCUCACCCAGGCAGAUCAAUCAGAUCUUUAAACAAGGCCCCACUGGCAUCCAUGUGCUGGUUAGUGAUGAGAUGAUUCAGAAUUUCCAAGAUGAAGUUUGUUUUGUUUUGGACACGAUGAAAGAUGACACAAGUGACGGCUACCAUAUAAUCUUAAAGUGAAUCCUAGGCAGGAGAGUUGUCGAGUGCUUCUCUCUUGUUUAGUCCUGGUUCAGUCAGCCCCUCUAGAGCUUUGUACUUUUUGCUGUUCCUUUCUGGAGAUGUGCCCCCCCCCAAAAAAACCCCCAAAACAAAAACCUUGUGAGGCAGCUAGGAGGAAGAUGCGACUGAAGCAGUUGCCCCUCUUUUAACUUUACCUUAUCGUCUGACUUUUGAGGGAGUGACUCUGGUUCCACAGUGAAGUGUCACCCUGCCGUUUGCUCACUUAAAUGGUUGCAUUUCCCUCUGUUGGUUACAUCUCAAGGAGGUUAAUGGCACUACAGCUGCUGUUGUUUGUUACCUGACCAUCUGGUAUUGCCAAGACUCUUUGCUUCGAGUUCAGCCGUUUGUUCUCUCUUUAAAAAAAACAAAACAAAUGAUGACAUUAAAGAUGACGGUACUUGACUUUCAGCCUGCAAUUCAGUAUGAGUCGUCCUCUUCAUGCGAGGUUGCCUUACCGAAUCCAAGCCAGUCUGCAAGAAACACAACCACUCAGUUGAAUCAUAGUACAGCAGGUAUUAAAAUUAACAACUGGACAAUUAAGGGAAACUGUUAGAAUCCAGCUGCCCUUCCAAAUAUCAGAGGUUCCUUUGAAAGCUAACAAUGUCUGCCUGUUACUUCUGUGGAAAAAAAGGCUACUAAACACUGUUAGAUUGUCAUAGUUUGUUUAGAAUGCUUACUGGCACAUGUGAUUGUUACUUAAUCGUCUUAAAAGAUGAUAAGCACUGUCUGUGUUAGUGAUCUCCGUGGUAACACCAGCAAAUUGUCUCCAUCUGCUUCCUGUAUCUAUGAGCUUGUUUAGCACACCAGAGUUUUAUUGUUUGUUUUUUGGUCAUUUCCAUCAUAAUUUUGAAAUGGAUCAUUGUUUUAAAAUAAUUUAAAAUGAUGAAUCAUGGGGUUUUUUUUUUUUACAUUUUAAAAAAAUCUUUUUUACAUACUUACAUCUGCUCUGCUUCCUUUUUUUGGAUGUUACAAAUGCUAAUAAAUAAGUUGUUGGGCAGUACAGAGCUGCAUGUGAAUAAUAUGGUUUACGUUGAGUAUGUUGUAAAUGGAAUUGAUGGCUCGAUAUCCAUAUUUGCCCCUCAUCUCAUCGGCAUUAUUAAAACUUAACCAUGUACUGGCUGCUA